UAUAAAUGUUUUCACUUCUGUCUUUCAUUUCCCGACCGAGCAGCACAGUGAAGCAAAAUUAGGGCACCAAACUCAACUUGGAGAGGCUACAUUCAUCACUAUGGUGCUUCCCUGUGAACUUAUUGAUGAGGUCCUUUGUCGCCUUCCUGUCAAGUAUCUUCUUCGUUUUCGAUGCGUGUCUAAAGGAUGGUGCUCUCUGAUUGAUAGCAAUGCAUUUGUUAAAAAACAUCUUAAAAGAGCCCUUGAGUGCAAUGCUGGUGGGGGAAGUAUUUUUAUCAAUAGUGGUGGUGAUAAAUUUUACCUGGCGGAUCUUGAGUCUUUGGAUGAUGAUGAGGCUGUUGCUGUCGAAGUAAAGGGCUCACUCAAGACUCGGCUCUCGGGUGCUGUUGUUGUGGGUGCUGCUAAUGGUUUGGUUUGUGUGUCCAAAAAUAUGAUGAAUCAGAUUUUGGUGAUCAAUCCAUCAACCAGAAGGUGGAGAAAGAUAGCCAGUGCGCCUGCUGAGUUUCCUCGUUGUUCCUGUUCAACUGAGAUUUCCCUUUGUGGCUUUGGAUAUGAUGAUGUUAAUGAUGAUUACAAGGUUGUCAAGAUUGCAGACUGUCAUGAUCGUGGCAUGAUGGUCAUUGUCUACAGCCUUAAGACCAAUUCUUGGAAAUGGAUUCAGAAUGUUCCUAGGAACGUUGAUUUCUGUGGAUAUUGGGGAAUGUUUGCAGGCGGAGCUUUGCAUUGGUUAGCAACCAAGGAUCCAAAUGCCUCUGAGAUUGUUGUUGGUUUUGAUCUCGCACUUGAACAGUUCAAAGAGAUCCCUUAUCUUGUUGUUGAAACACCUACUGUCCCUGCCACGGGUGUGGUUUCUGAUGGAGGAUCCCUUUGGGUUCUGGAAUACUACCCCGACAGUCAUAUGGAUAUGUGGAUGAUGAAUAACCAUUCGGGGAUGGAAAAUGAAAAUCUUUGGUUCAAAGCACUUUCAGUGGAGCAACACUUUGUACUUGGAUCUUUUAGCUUGCUGAAACCUGUUGCUUUUUCCAAGAGUGGGGAGAGUGUGCUCCUAGAGGUACACAUCUCAGUGGUGGACAGAGCAGAACUUGUGUGGUAUGACCUCAAAAGCAAGACAGUCAAGAAUGUAAAAAUUCAAGGGAUUCCACAUAACUUUGAAUCAUAUGCGUACACUGAGAGUCUCGUACAGCUCUCCAAGAACAAGUUGCUGCAGAGGCCAUCACUAGACAAGCCAGAGAACAAACAUCAGGAAAACAGGGAUGAUGUUAUCUCCAAAGGAUUUAAACUGAGCCUAUAAAACACCAGGACAAGGGAAAGUUGGAUGCCUAUGAUAACAAGGAAUGGACCAGGGCAGCAGAUAAGUAGAAUUAUAAUCGUGUUUAGAACAGCAAGGAGAAUUAUAAUGUUCUUGUCAUAUAAUAACUCCUCCCCGUUUGUUUGUUAAUAUUAUUGCUGGCAAGUCUUUUAGUGAAACAAGUACACUUUUAGUUUGAGAAUUCUGUGCAACAUAUGUACUAAUGAAGAUGGUGUCUACCACUGCCACUGCCUUGUUAUAUUACAAGUAUUACUGCCUCAGUGCACUGAGAAGAAAGUUAAUUGUGAUUA